AUGUCACCGGUUAAUAAAAAAUCGCCAAUCAAAAUAUGGGAAUAUUAUGAGAUUUGUAGUGAAAAUAAUAAACUGGCCCAGUGUUUGUUAUGUAGCAUCAAGUUCUCAAGAGGCGGAGAAGGAAAGAAAGCAACUACAACCUCUUUAAAAAACCAUCUUAAAACCAAACAUGCUGACCAAUACGCUGCUUUAAUUAAUGUUCCAACGACAAGUGGCAGCAACAUGGGCGGUACUUCUAUUUCUACCGAUGCCAAGAUGCCAGCAGAACCUGGAACGUCCAGAUCAAAAGAACGGCAGCUCACCCUGAAGGAAACAUCAGAAAGGAAAUUGCUCUGGGACAUUAAUGAUCCGAAAUCAAUAAAAUAUCAUUACUUGAUUGGCGAAAUGAUUGCUUUGGACAACGAACCAUUGUCACCUGUGGAACGAGUUGGAUUUCAGAGACUUAUGGCAAACACUUUGCCCCAUUAUAAAGUACCUGGUCGCACUUAUGACCGAGAAAAUUGUUCCUGA